UUAAUUCAACUCGCAAGUCGAUCGUUUCGUCGUUUUAGUUUACGCAAAGUUUAAUUAAAACUGCCUGCAUACGAAUCUCAAUCCCGAUUUUACGUACACCAGGAAAAUGAAAUCCUUUUCGCUGUUCACCGCAUUGGUGGUGCUCUUUGCUGCAUUCGCCACAGUGGCACAAGCAUCCUUCUGUCCUUGUGAUCUCACGCAAAAAGGACAAAUAUGCGGUUCGAAUGGCAUCACCUACAAAAAUCGCUGUGAGUUCGAGUGCACUCAGAAGGACUACAAGAAGUUGGGUCGCACGUUAAACAUCGCCAAGACGGGUGCCUGUUAAGCUUGAUGGAUAUAAAAUGGAUUGAGGAGAGCAGUGGAGGCCAUGCUUUGAUGUUUGUGACAGGUGUAUCAGAUAGUAGUAGUUAAAUGAGAUACUGGGCGUUUGGUGGUGGAAGUUGAGUUUAAGGUAAAACGGAAGGAAAUCUACAAGAAACAUUAGUUGAAUGAAGCAACGUACAAAUACAUAUUUACAUGUAUAAAUAUUUACUAUAUGAUUGGUUGUUAGAGUAAAAGAGAUUAAUCAGUAGCAGCG